ACACAAGUCAUCCGUUUGAGACGACAGCAUUGCAGGACACACUCACGAAAUUGGAGAUCCAGUUCACAAUCGGGGAAAAUGUGCAAAUUGUCGCAGAGGUCGGAUCUCGAAUCUGAGUGCAUACACAUUCCAAGCUUUGCAGAAUCUGCAUUUGCGGAUCUGAGAUCAAAGUCUCAGAUUUUGAGCCUGUAGCAUGGCCAUACGUCACGACUUUUGGGAGAGAUAGGUUAUCAGAAACGGCCGUAGGUCGCAAACACGCUUCCAAUAGUGCUUGCAUCUACAUUCUUCGAAGCUUUCUCUCGACGAUCGACUUCAAAUCCGAACGGCAGACUCUAGACUCCAUUCCACUACUUCCAUGCAUGCAUCCACAGCUUUAAAAUCGCAAUCAAAAUUCUUUCCCACUCCUAACUGAUUUUCACAAUACAAACUCCACCAGUUCAAAUCUCGAUCCGAGCUUCGUUCUGAAGCUCGGCUUGACCUAAAAUUUAAUCGAGAAUUUCCAAAAUCGCUCCAAGAAAACGCCGGAGCAACGAGCCGCCGAAACAAUCCGGCGAUGGCAGGGAGACGCCCCGACUCAGCAUCCGGAAGGAAUUUCCUGCGAAGGGGAUCGCAGCAGCGAGAGCGGCUGGAGCGGGCGAGCGUGAGGCGGCCACAAACGCACGAGGACCUGCAGUGGAUGUGCGUCGACGAGGUGACGGGCAGAGUGGCGCAGAUGAGCGAGGACGACAAGCGCGCAGCCUUCGAGGGCAGCGACUACUUCAGCCGCCACUUCCCGCACCUGGACCCCAGGCGCGCGGGCGACCCGGCCACUCCGGCCGGGCCCGUCAUGUGGCUGCCGCGGGUCAUGAUCGUCAGUUUCAUCCGAAGCUGGCCCGCCGAGCGCCGGGACCGAUUCUUCCACGAAGCCCCGUGGAUGCGCCCGGACUUCCCCGAGUUCGAACCCGCGGGCGGCUGGCCCCCGCCCCUGGUCUACCCGCCUCCCGAUCCCGAUCCCGUGCAGGGCCCGCCGAACCUCUGGGAGCCCGACCGCGCCUACCGGCUCGGCGAUGUGAUGGACCCGGCCACCGGCGAGUUCGUCCCCUGUCCUCCGGCCAGUCCUCCUCCAGAGGCCCGACCGCGCGAUAUCGCGUGGCAACAGCUGUCCGAUCCGACGUGGUACCGACGUGACGAUUUCGAGCACGGCUGGCCUCCUCCCUCCUUCUGGCGUGCUGCCGGCGCUCGUCGGAGGAGGGAUCGCCGUGAAAAUGGGUACCUGCAAUGGGCCCGGCGUCAGCGGAGGACCGACCCCGACUGCAGACCGUACCCUCCCAGAGGACCGUGCGGGGAGGUCUGGGACGACAACUGGACUCCGGCGCAGGGACGGCAGAUACCGGCAUUCAGGGUCAUGUCUCCCCAGGGUUAUUGACCGUCGAGUGCAGGUCUCGGUGUUCCACGUCACUGCUGACAAGACGUUUGUGCUUGUUGGUUUGCAGAUUGGCGCGUGAGGUGGACACGGAAUGCUGGGGUGGCCAAUGCUAGUCGCACACACUAGUUCCUGGCACAAGAUGGACUUCAUUUGGCAUCAGCUGGCUGCAUAUAGAGGACGAGAAACAAAUUAACCACGAUACUCGAGCAGUCACAAACUUAAAUUCGGAGAAAUGACAAUAAUAUUUCUUUACAUGAAUAAUACAUAUAAC